AUGGGCGACAAAAGAAAAGGAGCUAUGCCGGGCCCCUCUUUCAAACGCCGCCGUGUAUCUUAUGCCGAGGAAGAAGAUGGCGAUCGUUCGCCAAUGCCUCAGGAGCGCCCCAACAACGAUCCAUUCUUUGGCCAGCAGAGCGCGUUCCCAGGUCUUGAUGAUGGAGGCGAUGAGUUGUUGUACGGUGACCCGGAAGAUGGAUUGGAAUAUCUUCGCAUGGUCCGAUCCGAAGCCAACUCACUGCCUGGGUUAUUUCACGGACCAGUCCAAGCUGUACAUCUCCCGGAAGACGUUUCAAGUACACCACUGGAACCGGAAUCACAUGAAUCGUCUGACUCUCCUACGCCAGGAGUCUUCUUCGUGGACGAAGCCUACGUCGCUCCCAGAGAUGACUUGAACACACACAAGGCCGGGCCUUCCUCUGCAAAGCCGAACGUCUACCCGGAUACGCAAGCAUCCUACUAUAACAUUCUUCACCACCGAUUUCUUCUCUUGCGGUCAACCUUGCGAUGCAGUCCCCCUGUCGAAGCUAUCAAUGCCCUCGACCAUGAUCAUCCCAUCAGUCUCCCUCGAAACGCCGUAGCUGCGCAUAAAGCUUGGCGCCGGUUGUUGGUCACUGUCGAUCCACAAAUGGUCCAACUGGCAUGCAUGGACAUGGCAAGUGUGUUAGAAGUCCUGGAAAUACUAGCACGGAUGGUGUCUGAUGUGAUACGGAGCGAAGACGUCCAACUUGUGCGGCGCAUUGGAGCCUGGGCGUGGGGUUUGUUGGGGAAGUGCUUGGAAGUCGGGCAACUCUCUAGCCAGGAGGUGGGGAUCAUUCGAAAUGUGGGCAAACGAGCUGCGACUAUCCUGCAGAAGGUUCAAGAGAUAGAGAGCAAGGUACCAUCAUGGGUCGUUGCCAAGUGGUCUGUGACAGAGCAGGAGAAGAAAGAUACCAGUGCUCAGGCUCAGCCAGAAUCCACAAGCCAAGAUGAAAAGGAGACUAUGCAAGAAGCGCCAGAGGCCAUGGAAGCACACUAUUCUAGCAUGUCAGGUGCAUCCUCGGAACAAUCUAAGUUGGAGGCAGCCAGGACACGCUUGCGAGCUCGGCUUCGGGGAGACGCCGACACUGUCGAGACGCCUGCCAACUCUGACCCCGACGAGGGCCACGACACUGUCGAGACGCCUGCCAACUCUGAUCCCGACGAGGGCCAUGAGGACACAAGAGAACUGAUAAAACAUAUCCACGUCCUACUCGAUAUGAUCAUCACCGUGGUGGGCGAGUUCUUUGGCCAACGCGACCUGUUGGAAAGACGGGAGGUCUGGCUUUGA